AUGGUUAAACCUGAGGUAUCUGUUGAUAAGGAUGUUGAGGAAUCAAUGCUAGCCCUAAAAAACUUGGAAGUUGUAAUUCAAGAAGCAGAAGCGCAAGUUGAGAAAUUCAAAAACAACUUAUUUAAGCCAAUAUAUGACAAAAGAAGAGAGUACAUUAAAAAAAUACCUAAAUUUUGGUACGUUGUACUUGUAGAGAACGAGGAUUUCCAAGAAUACGUUAGAGUUGAAGAUAUGAAAUACAUUGAAUCCAUAUCUGAUAUUUAUGUUGAAUAUUGGGACAAAACACCAACUACCCAAAAAAUCAAUAUUCCUAAGAAGGGUUUCAGAAUAACAGUUCAAUUUGAUUCUUCUCACGCAACAGACUACAAAAUCAAGUCGCAGACUAUAACAAAGGAUUUUGAGUGGAUUUUAGAUCAAGAAGACGGAGUACGUAAAUUAAUUUCAACGGCAGCUGAAAUUGAAUGGCCGCAAGAGUUGCAAUCCAUAAAUCCACAGAUUAUUAAGCAAUUCGCUAAGGAUGAAGGCAGAUCGUUAACAGCUGAUGAAAAGAAAAGGUACAGACAGGGUAUGAGGUCAUUCUUUGCCUUUUGGGGGUGGACAGGUCGCAAAGCUGGUAAAGAAUUUAGAAGCGGAGAGGAAUUGGCAACCCUAAUUGCAGACACAAUAUUCCCUAUAGCAUUAGAUUUUUAUACCAUGGCAUCUGUCAAUGAUGUUCAAGAUGGCGAUAGUGAAGAUCAAAUUAGUGGUGAGGAGUUGGAUCUAAGUGAAACUGAAGAUCCCAGUGAGCCAAUGUAUAAAAAGCAAAAAAUAUAA